UCCACAAACAUCGUAUGAAAUUUAGAAGAAAUAUGGCAGCCAUAUCUCUUGAUCCAAGGCUUAACCUCCAAGCAACUAAAAACCCUAACCAACAUGGAGUUAUACUUGAAGAAAUCGAAGGCCUCAUCCGAGUUCACAAAGACGGAUACGUCGAAAGGCCUCUGAUGAUCCCAAGUGUCCCCAGCACUCUAGCUCUACCACCUGGUGUCGAGGCCAAAGAUAUUGUUAUUGACAAAUUUACCAACUUAUGGGCACGCAUUUAUGUUCCAAGCCACCCGGGAAACCUCCCCGUGAUUGUCUACUUCCACGGCGGUGGAUUCUGUGUUGGAUCUGCUGCUUGGAGCUGUUACCAUGAGUUCCUGGCCAAACUUGCUUCACAAGCAAGUUGUGUCAUCAUCUCUGUGAAUUACCGUUUAGCCCCUGAAAGCCGUCUCCCUGCUGCUUAUGAUGACGGAUUCAAAACCCUUAUGUGGGUAAAACAAAAAGCUCUGAGUGAGUCUAGUGAGCAAAAAUGGUGGUUAAGUAAGUGCAACUUGUCCAGCUUGUUCAUAGGCGGUGACAGUGCAGGGGCUAACAUAGCCUACAAUGUCACCACACAGGUAGGUUCACGUGACCCCUCCAUUUUAAGGCCAUUAAGUCUCAAAGGCACCGUCUUGAUCCAACCCUUUUUUGGAGGAGAGGCUCGAACUUGGUCCGAAAAAUGUGCAACUCAGCCACCAUACUCCGCCCUAAGUCUGUCAAGUUCAGACACAUAUUGGCGGCUGUCUCUUCCGUUAGGGGCCAGCAGAGAUCAUCCGUGGUGCAACCCUCUAGUGAACGCCGGUGUGGCCAAAUUACGCGAUUUAAGGCUCCCGAGCAUGAUGGUAUGCGUAUCAGAAUUGGAUAUAUUGAAGGAUGGGAAUUUUGAGUUGUGCAACGCAUUGAGUAGCAUUGGGACGAGGGUGGAAACUGUACUGUACAAAGGAGUUGGACAUGCAUUCCAAGUUCUGCAUAACUCUCAGCUAUCUUAUUCACGGACACAAGAAUUGAUAUCUCGCAUCAAGGCCUUCAUGAUCAAGCAAUAAUAGCUAUUUCAUGGAUUUCUUUUUCUAGUUCGAUAUUUUAUUAGGGUAUUAUUUGUAUAUUAUGCUGAAAGUAACUUAUCAUUGAAGCUUGUUAAUUAAUGUAUUAUAUAAUU